GCAGGGCGCAUGUUCGGCCGGGAAGAUGAAGGUGGCGGUGGCCGGCUGCUGCCAUGGCGCGCUGGAUAAGCUGUACGAGACCCUGCAGCUGCUCGAGCAGCGCCACGGCCACGCCCGCCCGGACCUGCUGCUCUGCGCCGGGGACUUCCAAGCCGUGCGCAACGCGGGCGACCUGCGCUGCAUGGCGGUGCCGUCCAAGUACCGCCAGCUGGGAGGCUUUGCGAAGUAUUAUUCUGGAGAGAAGAAAGCACCUGUGCUGACUAUCUUCAUUGGGGGCAACCAUGAAGCAUCCAAUCACUUGCAAGAAUUACCUUACGGCGGCUGGGUGGCCCCAAACAUCUACUAUCUUGGUUAUGCUGGAGUUGUAAAGUACCGCGGGGUGAGAAUUGGUGGCUUGUCUGGCAUUUUCAAAGCUCAUGAUUACAGAAGAGGUCACUUUGAGUAUCCUCCUUACAACCAGCAAACAAUACGAAGCAUCUAUCAUGUAAGAAAUAUUGAAGUUUUCAAGCUCAAGCAGCUCAAGCAGCCCAUGGACAUAUUUUUGUCCCACGAUUGGCCUAGAAGCAUCUACCAUUACGGAAACAAGAAGUUGCUGCUUAAGAAGAAAUCCUUCUUCCGCUCUGAAGUGGAGAACAACACUUUAGGGAGCCCAGCCGCGUCAGAGCUUCUGCAGCACUUGAGACCAGCCUACUGGUUCUCUGCACAUUUGCAUGUCAAGUUUGCAGCCUUAAUGCAGCAUCAGGCUGAUAACAGUGAACAGCAACCCAAAAUUACCAAAUUUCUGGCCCUGGAUAAAUGCCUGCCUCACAGGGACUUCCUUCAGAUUGUAGAGAUUGAGCACAACCCCAGUGCAUCUGACUGCCUGGAAUAUGACCCUGAAUGGAUUGCUGUUCUGAAAGCUACUAAUGAUCUCAUUAAUGUCUCUCCCACUUCCUGGAACAUGCCUGAAAACAAUGGACUGCAUGAAAAGUGGGACUACAGUGUUACAGAAGAAGAUAUCAAGAAGGUUUUGGAAGAGGUCAACCAUGACCUUCUGAUUCCCCAGAACUUCAGCAUUACGGAUGCUUGUUACAAUUCAAACAAGUCUCAGCAAAAGAGUGAAUUGAUUCAUAGAAUUAGCCCCCAGACUACAGAGCUCUGUGCCAGGUUUGGCCUUGUGGACAUUAAUGCUAAAAUUCAGCAGUUGAAGGAAGAGCACAGAGAUGAUGUGCAUCGGGGUGAAGAGGAGGAGGAGGAGGAAGAAGUAGACAGUACCGAAUCAGUGGAGGAGUCCAGUGACUGUACUGCUGAUAUCUCUGGUUUAUCUUCUAUCAACCCUGAUGAAAUAAUAUUGGAUGAUGAUAGCUGUGAUGAUGAUGAUUUGGACACUUCAGGAGGACCAUCAUCUGAUCACUCCUGCAAUACCUCAGCAACUUUUUCUGAUGUCAGAAUCCUGCCUGGUUCCAUGGUAGUGUCACCCAAUGACACUCUGGAUGUUGUAGAAGGUGAACUGGAGAAAUCCAGCAAUUGGAAUCAGACAGAAGAGCAAAGCCCUGAUGAGAAGUCCUUGAAGCGCCUAAGUGAUGAGAACAAAGAAGGGACAGUUGGUCCAAAGAGAAUCAAAAGGCGGAACCAGUCUAUCUAUGCUUCCAAAGAUGAAGAUGAGACAGUAGAAUGAGAAAUCCUUUUGUUGAUUGACAUGAGAGGUGAGAUCAGUUGACUGGUGUGGCUGAGGAACCUGUGGCAGCUUGAGAGAUUAUGGAGCACAAAACUAUUAGUUUUGAUAUUGUAAUUGUAAUAAAAACCUUAUUUUUUAAAUAGUAGUUUUUAUAGUGAAUCGAAUAUUUUAUUGAUUUCAAUGGAUUGAUUUGGAAGAAAGAAAUAUAGGCUUGUGUGAACCAGAAGCUAAUGGAAGACUUUUUACAUUUAUACUACAGAUUUCCAUACAACUUUGAAUUGUUUUAUUGAAUUCAGAAAAAGAGAUCUUUUUUGCAUCUAAUGGAAUGGGUUCAGAGUGAUUUCACUUUCACUAAAACUCAUGCUUUUCUUUUAUCAUCCAAUUUACUUUUAUGUCCAAACUUAUAUUUGGUAUAUUUUGCUGUAAUAAAUAAGUCUUCUCAA